AUGGCGGGGGCAAAUGCCGCAUCCAAUAAUCCUUGUGGAUGUGCUAAAGAAACAUAUGCGAAAAGCCACAACCCGGAUUGUGUUGAGCCCAGUUGUAAGGAGUGCAAGGUCUGCUGUGAUGAGUACUGUGGAUACUGCAAGAAGGAGUGCAAAGCUGGAACUGAUGGCAAGAAAUGCAAAUGUCGUCUUUAUCGCUGUGCUUGUCCGGAGAGUUGUUAUGGCGAAGAUGGCGACGAUAACCCAUGUAAGGGUGGGAAUAACAAUUGUGAUCGCUGCAAAAAGAGAUGCACAGAAAACAACCUAGGUAAAAGAUGUAUAUGUGUGCUCUGUAACUGCGGAUGUAGUUACGGACUUUGUAAUUGCUGCAUUUGGUGCCCCGAUAGCAAAUGUGACGGUAGAGGCACAUGCGACGGCUUCGUGCUGAAACAGACUGUAAAGGUGCCAUGCGAAUCAGGGAAAUGCAAAGGACAUGGCGUUAGGAAAGAUAAACCGUGCGAAGAAGGUGCAUGUCCAACGCACGGGGAAGAAAUACAAUAUAAUUGCUUCUUCGCCAAAGAGUUCGAAAACGGCAAAUGCAUCGCCCGCUGCAACGACUGCGGUGGACUAUGCGGGGCACACGUAUUUUACUGCAUCGGUUCAAUGAUCGUUGCUGUCACUGUGCUUAUAUUCGCCAGCUUCAUUGCCUGGAAUACGUAUCCGGAGAAAUUCCGCAAGGUGUUCUAUGGACUACGUGCUGCAUUUGCCAACUCGACAAAAAGUUCCGGCGCAUCCACGAACCUUGCCGGCGGAAGGAUUCACGAGGAGAUGGACACUGAUGAAUACUCCGCCUUCCCGUUCAAGGGCCUGAUGUAG